AUGCCUAGGAUGAUGAUGCUUUCACUUGUUCUUCUCCUAGUUUUUCAUGUUUCUGCUUCAUGGGCAGCCUCAGCUUCUGUCUAUGACAACUUUCUUCAAUGCCUAAACACCAACACAAACCCAUCAUCAACCCAAUUGUCCAACAUAAUCUAUGCCGAAAACAACCCUUCAUACUCAUCUGUUCUAAGAGCCUACAUCAGAAACUCAAGGUUCAACACCACUUCAACCCCAAAACCAGUCCUCAUCGUCACACCCUCAGCUUCAUCUCAUGUUCAAGCUUUGGUUGUCUGUGCCAAACAGCUUGCCAUACAGCUGAGAAUCCGAAGUGGCGGGCACGAUUAUGAGGGCCUUUCUUACUGGUCUGAUCAGACCUUUAUUGUCCUUGAUAUGUUCAACCUCAGGACUGUGACUGUAGACAUUGAGGACAGCUCGGUUUGGGUUCAGGCUGGAGCCACUCUUGGAGAAUUGUACUAUAGGAUUUCAGAGAAGAGCAAAGUUCAUGGCUUUCCUGCUGGUGUUUGUCCCACAGUUGGUAUUGGUGGGCACAUAAGUGGUGGUGGCUAUGGAAACAUGUUGAGGAAGUUUGGCCUUGCUGUUGACAAUGUCCUUGAUGCUCAGAUUGUUGAUGCUAAGGGGAGACUUCUUGAUAGACAAGCCAUGGGAGAAGACCUGUUUUGGGCCAUUAAAGGAGGGGGGGGAGGAAGCUUUGGUGUCAUUGUUGCAUACAAAUUGAAGCUGGUUUCUGUCCCAGAAACUGUCACAGUUUUCCAGGCUGCGAGAACAUUGGAAGAGAAUGCAACCGACGUUGUUUCGAGGUGGCAAGAGGUGGCGCCAACCACAGAUGAUGGUCUGUUUAUGAGGCUGCUGUUGCAGCCAGGGAGCGAUACUGUUAAGGCCACAAUUAUGGCUGAGUUUCUAGGCAAUGCUGACCAACUUGUGUCAUUGUUAGGGAAGCAGUUUCCUGAGUUAGGUUUGAAGAAGGAUGACUGUAAGGAGAUGAGCUGGAUUGAGUCUGUGCUUUGGUGGGCUAACUAUGAUAAUGGGACUUCCCCUGAUGUGUUGCUUGAUAGAAAUCCUGAUCACGCAAAUUUUCUGAAAAGAAAGUCUGAUUAUGUUCAAACCCCAAUUUCCAAAAACAGGUUGGAGUUAGUGUGGAAGAAGAUGAUUGAAAUAGGCAAAAUAGGUUUGGUUUUCAAUCCAUAUGGUGGGAUGAUGAGUCGGAUUCCGGCCUCUGCCACCCCUUUUCCACACCGUGCUGGGAACUUGUUCAAAGUUCAGUACUCAGUGAGCUGGGGGGAAGCAGGGGCUGAAGCAGAGAAGAAUUAUACCAGAGACACCAGGAGACUUUUCAGAAGCUAUGAACAGGGGAAGGUGUAUGGCUUGAAGUACUUCAAUGACAAUUUUGAAAGGUUGGUGAAGGUGAAGACUGCUGUUGAUCCAGCAAAUUUCUUCAGGAACGAGCAGAGUAUCCCCCCUCUUCCAACUCUCAACUCAGACCCUCCUCAUCCGAUCUUGCACUUAGAUGCCAAAGAUGGCUCGAGUUCCAAGCUAUCAAUGGGGAAGGUGAAGGUAGUACUGGCUCUGCUGGUGUACUUGUUUAUUUCUUUUUAA